AUGUCAAAUCCACCGGAUCCUUUCCAUUCAUUUCUUCCACAACUGCCUCCUCCACCACCACCACCACCUCAAUUCGUGCAGUUGAUGCCCAAUAUAGGCCAAGUUCAAUCUGGUGUAGCUCCACCAUCACUACCUCCAUUUGAUCGGUCUGUUCCUGGUCGAAAUUCAUUUUCUUCUCAAUCAUCACAACCACAACAAACAACUUCAUCAAUCACUGCUCAACCAUUAAUGAGUAUUUCACCAUUAAUGACCAAUAAUACCGACACACAUCAACAACGGUCAUCUCAGCAACAAAUAGAUAAUAGCAAUUUCAAUGCAAAACCCUCAUCGAAUAAAGAAACUGGUAGUCUAGAAAAAAUUUUACAUUUUCGUGAUACAUUAUCGCGUGAUGAACAGUUAAAAUCGCAGCAAUUGCAAACAGAUAAAAAUACGACAGACAAUAAUGAAGAUGAAUCUGAUGAGAAUGAAGAUACAGGAUACGGUUCUGCAAUUUCGACAAACAAAAAAAAAGAUGAGAACAGAAAACGUCGACGUCAAAAGAAGAAAAAAAAAACGAAAAAUAAGAAUUUAAAUGGAGAAGAAAAAUUGACACCAACGAUAGAUCAACAAGAAAUGAAUGGUGAUGAAAAUAAUGAAAAUAUUAUAAUUGAAUAUGUUCAAGAAGAAUUACCAAUACAAAAAGGUGAUCAAUAUUAUACACAUUUUGUUAAAGUAUUUCAAAAUUUCAAAAUUGAUCAGUCAAAAUCUGGUAACGAUCCAAAUAGUAAAGAAGCAAAAUUAAAGAUUAAAUCAGAAAAUGAUAAACAAGUUUUACCACGUGAUCGUACAAUGAUUGAUCAAGACGAUGAAGAAGAAGAACAAAAGGAAAAAGCGCAACAAGCCGAUGAUGCAUUACACAAAAAGUCAAAAAAACAAUUAAAAAAGGAAACACGUUUAAGUGUAGCGCAAUUAAAACAAUUAGUAUCCCGACCGGAUGUUGUAGAAAUGUAUGAUGUGACGGCGAGAGAUCCAAAAUUACUCGUAUUUUUAAAAGCUACACGUAAUACAGUGCCUGUUCCUCGUCAUUGGUGUGCCAAACGAAAAUAUUUACAAGGCAAACGGGGUAUUGAAAAGCCACCAUUUCAAUUACCAGAAUUUAUUCGUCGAACGGGUAUAAUGGAAAUGCGUGAAGCACUACAAGAAAAAGAACAAAAUAAAACAUUAAAACAGAAGAUGCGUGAAAAAGUGAGACCAAAAUUAGGUAAAAUUGAUAUUGAUUAUCAAAAACUACAUGAUGCAUUUUUUCGAUGGCAAACAAAACCACGUAUGAGUAUUCAUGGGGAUUUAUAUUAUGAAGGAAAAGAAAACGAAACGCGUUUGAAAGAUAAAAAGCCCGGUUUACUAGGUGAAGAACUUCGUGUGGCAUUAGGAAUACCGGUUGGACCUGCUGCAGAAAAAUAUCCACCACCAUGGCUAAUUGCAAUGCAACGGUACGGACCACCACCAUCUUAUCCAAAUUUGAAAGUACCGGGUUUAAAUGCUCCUAUACCGGAAAACUGCCAGUUUGGCUAUCAUUCUGGUGGAUGGGGUAAACCGCCGGUCGAUGAACACGGACGUCCAUUGUACGGUGACGUAUUUGGAACAAAUCAAUAUUCAUAUAUGAGAGUAAAUGAAGAAGAGUACGUCGAUAAAAGUUAUUGGGGUGAAUUGGAUGUAGAAGAAACAAAUGAAGAAUUACUCUCGUCAUCUGAAGAAGAUGGCGAAGGCACCGAGGAAGAAACAGGAGAAACAGCUGUUGGUGAUAGUGGAAUGGCAACAACUGUUGAAGGAGAGACAAGUGCCGUUAGUGAUGGUGGUGUUAGUGGUUUUGCUACACCAUCUGAAGGAUUUAUUACACCAUCAGGCACAGCAUCAACAGUCACCCAAGGUGUGGAAACGCCUCAGCAAUUUGAAAUACGUAAAUCUCGUUUUCAUCAAGAAAUGGACGGAAUUGACACACCACAAACAGCCUAUCAUGUUAUACCCGAGAGAUCAGUUCCCAUUGCUGCUACUAGUCUUCUAGCACCAGGAAAAAUGUACGAUUUUACGGCAGCAAAAAAAGUUGGCAUGGAUAGUACAUUGGGUACGAGUAGUCGAAAUGACAGUGGUGUCGAUAUUGCAUUAAAUCCAGAUGAUAUUGAUUUGAGUGCACAAACAAUUGAAACACGUUAUAGACAAGAAUUAAAGGAUAAAGAAUUACAAAAAGAAGAUUUAAGUGAUAUGGUGGCUGAUCAUGUAACAAAACAAAAUAAAAAAAGAAAACACAAACAAACGGAUACGAAAACAAAGAAACAUAAAGAAUUUAAAUUUUGA